CAAAACAGACUGACCGGGCGGUUCUGCUGCCAAUUUGCUACUGUCAACAAGCUUUGAAUUCUGCUCUGUUGGUUUGUGUAAGUGUAUGUCUUGCUGAAAAGACAAGUUCAGUGCAUCCCUUCAGACGAUGCUCAUCCGGUGAACACGGACAAGGCCACGAGCCCGCCAGUCACGUGGCUACCUUUAAAAAUGUUUUCAUUCUGCGCCGAGUUCAGCAGACACUUGAAGAUUGUUCCCGUGCUGCCCCUCUCUACGCCGACUGCAGAAUUCUUGGAAAGGCCAGGUAGCAACUGCGCGCUAAACCACUGCACGUCAAUGUAACGAAAGUAGAGGCGAGCUAGGGCAUUGAACCCCAUCUCAAUCUGAUUAUCCAUAUUGGGUAGCUGGGAUGGAGGUAAACCGUGGCGCUGGCUUUAAAAGUGCAGCUAAGAGGACGCUCAUGUUAAAAUGAAUGACCUGGAGGAAAUAUCAUCAAACACGGCGGACAUCAUCAGAUCAAAAUACAGUUCCCAGUUUUACAGAGGGCCACUGUGGAGUGAGCCAUGACCUCGGAUGGAUGUCUGGACAACACAGAUCCACUGAAGAGGCUCUCCCUGGAAAGUGGCGUUGUGGAAUACAUGGAUUCUAACAAGUGCGUUGAGGAGCUGCUCAAACAGCUGGAGGAGGAACAGCUUCAUGUGAGAAGGCAAAAGCUGGCCGCGGCUCGCCUGUGGAGGGAAGUCUUACGGACCAAAGGCGAAGGAACAAUGUGGGAGAAGCUGAUCCAGAAGCUGGAGGAAGAGAGAGCCCUGAGACUGGACAGGGAAAAGCACCUGCAGGAGGUCACGGAGGGGUCGGAGGUCGGCCGAGUGCAGAUGGUAUCGCUGCAGCAGCACUUCUCCAGGAUGGAAGAGACGGUGCGUACGCUGCUGCAGAACCAGGGGGCCCUGGACCCCUCCGCCUUGGAUACUGUGGACCUGAUGAAGGCCUACAAGGACAAGCUCUCCGAGGAGGUGCGUAAGCGGAGGGAGAGCCUGGAGGAGGAGGCCAGCCGCCCGGCGGGGGAGGAGGCGCAGCCGGGGAGCGGUGGUGGCGGAGCGGAGGAGGACCGAGAUAAGGAGACCAAGGCCCUCCUGGAGAGACUGCGGGCCCUGGAGGCGGAAAACUCUGCGCUGGCGAUGGAGAACGAGAGCCAGAGGGAGCAGUACGAACGGUGCCUGGACGAGGUUGCUAAUCAGGUUGUGCAGGCCCUGCUUACUCAAAAGGACCUGAGGGAGGAGUGUCUGAAACUGCGUACCCGGGUGUUCGACCUGGAGCAGCAGAACAGGACUCUGAGCGUCCUGUUCCAGCAGCGGGUGCGACCGGCCUCCGACCUCCUCCUCCAGAAACUCCACUCCCGGAUCAUGGGUCUCUCUGCGGGGGACCUGAUCCUGGAUCCAGAGAAGAGUAAAAAUUUCCUGCUGUCCCGUAACUCUGACUCGCCCCCUCAGGACGCCCAGCUGAACGGGAAGGCGGGGGUCCCCGUGGGGAGGUUCCCCAGCCAGCUGAGUCUGACGGUCCCGGCGGCGGGGGGCGGGGGAGGCUACCCCCGGAGCAGCUGCAGCAGCAGCGAGCUGUCCCUGUCCAGCGCCUGCAGCGACUUCUCCAGCGGCUCCCACACCUGGAACGAGGGCCGGUCCAGCGGCAGACUGUCGUCUUUGAACUGGGAGAAAAGAUCAAGCCUGGGCUCAUCGGCACCCAGCAAUAUUUGCGGCCCCGCUGAGGAACAGCUCCCUGCCCGGAAGAAGGAAUGCCACAUUCUGGAGGGGUUGAGGAGGCUCCAGAGGCGCAAGCCCAAAGGCUCUUCCAGAUCCGGAGACUCUAAAUCGGGCUACAAGGACUGCAUGAACUCCAAUGAAGGGAUCUAUUCCCUGGGGACCAAAUGCAGGAGCCAAACGGCACCCAAACCUUCCUCAGCGGACAAGACCGCCAGCCUGUGGGCUGGGGACAAGGGGUUUGUUUACGACUCCGACGAUGCCGAUGAUGAAUUUCCCCGCCCCUGCAGCACAGACCGCUGGGUACCGGGCCACAGGAAGUCAGGUGGCCUCUGCGGCCCAAUGGAGAAACUCAACGCUGGAGUGGGGGCUGCUUCUCCGAAGCGCCCAGCCGUCACUGGCUACGACUCCAAGGAGCGGCCUGAGAAGCUCACGAGCUUCCUCAGCGGCUUCUUCUUCUCCGGUGGGAGAGCCCGCACCACCGCAAACCCUUCCCUGUUGCCGUGUGAGGUGAGCCACGUAGAGGCCGGCCUCUCUCACCCCCACCACUCGGACUCGGACGAGCCCGGGGACCUGGAGAGUAGCAGCGGGCGGUUAGCCUCCCAGCCAGGAAGGGACCCCGGGCGACUCUCCAGGGGGUUCGAGGAAAAGCUAGCGCCCCGAUGCUUGAGGAAGGACCACAACCGAGCGCAGUCUGCGGACAGUAGGCCGAGGCCCCUUAGCCUCAUCGAUCGGCCCAAGGUAUCCAAGAGUGCGCAGUCCGAGGAAUGUCUCGCCAUGGCCUUCAACAGGGAGCAGCCUGUUGAGUAUGGCUCACAGCAUCUUGCAGUCAUGGGUCAAAAUGCGAUCCCAAGACGCCGACCUCAAAGUGCGUGUAUCAGUGAGUACACCCAGCUCGUAUCUCAGGGGAGGCCUACCUGUCAGAGGGGAAGCGAUGUGAGGAAUUACAUCGUCUUAGAGUCACCGGAGAAGCCCGUUGAGCUUCAUUCCCCUAGAACGGGGAGGAAAAGUAUUUUGCACCAGAGUGAGGACUCACAGCAGCAAAAACCCACAAGGUCCCCCAACAACCGCGCUCAGAAAGGUCACUCCGUCCCUCCCAUGGUGAAUGGUGCUUCCGGCCCGAAGGCUAACUUAACUAAGAUCCCUGGCCGAAGCAGGGAAUCUCCCCUCAAGGUGUCCACCGAAUCAGGCGGCGGUGCUUCCGUCGCUCCCCCGAGCCAGGAGCGGUCCCCCUCCUCCCCGCCGGUCAAAUUGUCCAAGUUUGGCAGACCCCCUGGGUGUGGUUACUCUGCUCAGAGCCCCCGAGCGGCUCACCCAAGCUCCAAGCUUCCAUGCAGGACUGAAUGGGGAAAGGGUCCCACCUCCAGCAUCCCAGGCUCUCCGCUCCUGACUAGGAGGCACUUGGAGCCCAUGGACUGUGGCGAGCUGCCCACCCAUGAUGUUGGGCAACAACUUGAACUCAGGUCCCCUUCUCCACCGCCCCCUCCUGGUCGCUCUACCUCCCUACUGAUCAGACCAAACUAUGAGGGCACUCCUCAAGCACUCAGACCUGGGUUUCACCAAAACACACCCAGCACUGUGAGGGUAGCCCCUCAUGGCUCCCAAACACACCCUCAUGCUUCACCAUCUGUGCUUAAUGGACAACAUCCAGGCACUCAUAAGAGCCAAGACACUGCCCUCUGGGAUGCAAGUUAUAACACAGAGGCUGUACCUCAGAGGUUAGUGGAAGGUCCUAGCCACCCCUUUCAAAAAUCUCCCGUUUCUUGUCGUACCCCCUUGAGGGGAUCACCAAAAAAGGUCACUGCAAAGCUCUACCCCUCCUCAGCUUCAGGACAUGCUCCAGAUCUUCACGAUACCAUAUCCAAAGGUUCAAAAAACAGUCUUCAGAAAGGGCAAUCACUGCAGAACACAAAUUGUGGCAAGAAAGGGCAGCUUCCUGAGAAUGGAUACCCCCAGUUGUAUAAGACCUCAGGCAGCUUGCCCAUCUCUCUGCAGGGUCACUCUCCAGACGUUAUAGGGUCCUGCGGGUCUGCUUUGCUGCCUUCCCAAGCAAUGUCAGACCCCGCAGUCCUGGGGCUCAGUCCUCAGAACUCAGCAGAAAGGGUCACAAAAACACGCAUUCCUCUUGGCAUGAAAGCCUUGGUGAAAUCACCUGCUGUGUUGAGGGAAAGCUCCUCUGUAUCAGAGCAGCAGGAUAAAGACCACACCAACAGCACCUCCAAAGGGCCAGCGGCUACGUCCAACACUUUCAGUCUGCGGUUGAGACCUGAAAUCCGCUGCAGCUCGAUGGAUGGAGAGCUGCUCCCUCCAGUGGUGGCCGAGGACGGUUCGCUCUGUGAAGAGAUGGACGCAGAAGGCAGGCUGUUCAAGCGAUCCAUCUCCGUCUCAACCAAGCCCCACUUAAAGCCGGCGCUGGGGAUGAAUGGAGCCAAAGCUCGCAGCCAGAGCUUUAGCACCCACUACAUGCAGAAACCCUGCAUCGGAACGUCAGAGGGACCGGGGAAGGUUCGCACCCACAUCAUAACGAACACGGGCGAUCGAGGGAGCUCCUUGACCAGGCAGAGCUCCCUCGGAGACGGCUUCCAGCCCAGGUCCGCGGGCGGGUCUCGAGAGAGCCUUCCCCAGUGCAUCGUCAACACCCGCCAGGGCCCUCACGGGUGCAUGACUGGCUCCAGCAGCAAUCACGGCCUCCCGGGCAGAAGCGCCGCCAGGGCCAGCGCUCAGAAGGAGGUCCGCAGUCUGCCUCUCAUCGACAGGUUUGGUCCCAGGAGCUCUAGGCGGCCAGCAAAAGUGGCGUCACACCCUCAGUUCGACUCGGAAUCCUUUCCCGUCUACAACCCCGAACUGAAAGUGGAGGGUGUCGGGACGAGACUGCCCGCAGCAAAUAAAUUUGACCUGGCGAGGAGCAUCUCAAAACAACAGGCUGGUGGUGGCGGCGGCAAAGGGCUUGAAGAGCCUGAGAAACUUGUGAGCCCCUCCACCACCUGCACCAUUGAGGAGAAGGUGAUGAUGGGCAUCCAGGAAAAUGUACAGCGAGGCCAGGAGCUGAGCAAGUCCCAGGCGUCUGAAGCUAAGCACAGGACUGGCUCGUCCAUUGCUAACUGGUUUGGCUUCCGCAAAAGCAAGCUUCCAGCCCUGGGGGGCAAGAAAAAUGAUGCCCCUAAAGGAAAAGAGGAGAAAAGAGAGAGCAAAGAGGAGAAGAAAGAGAGCAAGAUUGGCUCAGUGCUGGGAGGCAGGCAGACAAAGCCUGACAAAGCAAAGGAUAAGACGAAAAAUGAAAUGCAUUACAGGGACAGUCACGAUCAAGCGAUAACAGAAAACAGGGAUAAACUAGACUCAAUAAUGGAUCAGUGCCAUUUCCAGAUGGGACAACAUACAAAUCAGAUCCAGCAUUCUGUGAGCUACAUGGGCAAGGAGCAGUUUAUGAAGGAGAUUCUAAUCAGGAGUGUAACUAAGGGCAGUUCCCAUGGUGCAUCUCUCCCAGGCAUCCCCAACAGUCCCCAGGGCAUUUCCAUUGAAAAGAGAGGAAUGGAGGAAGAUAUCGAGAUUCAUGUUGAUGCCAAGACCAAGACUGUGACCCAGAAGAUCAACCUCAGGGGUGAGGCUGAAGCAGACCUCGAACCGGAACCAAACUGUCAAGACCACAUGAUCGGCUCCAGCUGCCAGACCCGAACUUUGGAUAGCGGGAUAGGGACGUUCCCCCUACCUGACUCCGUUGCCCGGGCAACUGGGCGAAACCUCCCCAAAUCCGCAUCCAGCCCCGGGCAGGCUCUUGCCGCACCAGCUGAGCCUGCCGAAGACCCAACUUCAACUUCACCACCCAAGCCACAAGUGCCUUCCAAGUCCAGCCAUGAGAUCCCACACGAUGCCAGCCACGCCCUGCCAGACUGCGCCAAAUCCAGCAGAGAUGUGCGUGACCUACAGACCCACCUGGCUAAACCAACCACCUCAGGUGUGAUGAAAGGUCAGAGGUUAAGCAAGAGUGAAUACAGGACAAGCCCUGCCCAGAGCCCAGAGGAUCAUGGGAAGGAGAAGGAGAAGAGGAAGAACAGCAAUCAGAGCCUGCCCACAGACGGGACGCUUCGAUUCAGCGCGUACUCGGGAAGCAGCGGCAGCGGCGGAGAAACGGACGGCGAGUUGGACCCGUCGUCCGCGGCUGUGUGCCUCGGCCGCGAUGCGUCGCUCAGCGAAACCGGGAGAACGAGACGAGCAUAUCAGGAGGAGGAGGAGGAGCUCCGGAAGGGCAGUGUGCAAAACCACCUGUCAAUCAUGGAGUACUACCAACAGGAAGUGCUCAUCCACUACAGGAGGGAGGAGCAAAGGGAGGCUGAUCAGUACAGCUCAACAGACAGAGAGAGGAAACCCCAGCAGAAGAAGAACAAAAUGGCCGACUCGACGGGCGAGGAGAGCCAGCUCAUCUUCCCGGGCGUCUCCCUGGAGUCGCUCAACGCGCUCAACAGCAACGGCGGGCCACGCCCGGAGACGGAGCGGAAGAGCGGCCCGGACGAGGCGGCGGGAAGAGGGCGGGAGCGGCGGACCGAGGAGCCCUCGUCCGGCUGCUCGGACCAGCCCGGGGCGGACAGCCUGGGGUCGCUGAGCGACUCGCUCUACGACAGCUUCUCCUCCUGCACCAGCCAGGGCUCCAGUGAGGUUUAGACGCGCCGAGUCUGUGCGUCCGUCGCGGUUUGUCUUCGGACUACCAAGCACUUGCAGUAAACAAAAAUGUUUUAAAAAAAAAAAAAGUAAUAAAAAAAAAAGGAACGGACAAGAGAAUCCUCUUCAUGAAAAUUCUGGGGGGACACGGGGAGAAGAGGGUAAUAUUUUAACCCUGUCGCAUUUUUUACCUUUAAAUACUAUCCCUUGGUUUUCUUGACAUUGCACUGUCAAAAAAAAAAUAUUUAUACUGUACAACACUGAGUUUCCUCUGAAUUUUUACAAAUGAUAUUUAUAUUUGUAGCGACAGCAACAGCAAAUAUGAAAGCAAUAAACCUUUCUGCUUGUGCCAUUCCCCCAAUUUAUGAAGUCUGAAAACAACCAAACUAUCUCUUUAUUACUUCCGUUUACCAGGAAUUACUUUUGGUAAUUUGGUACAGUCAGGAAUUAGAUUCAGAAUGUUGAAUAAUUCUGGAAAAGGUGGUACAAUGGUGAACAUGUCUGUACUGUUUGGCAUUUUCUACACAUUAUGCGACCUGUCGAACAGACAGAUAAAAUCUUUUAAUAUGUUAUAAUGUCACAUUUAUGCAUAAUGCAGUUUUAGAAAAUCUGAUUUGUAUUUGAAUGCAUUUGAAUUUAUUGGCUCUGAGAAUCAUAUUGGUUUGUUAUGCAUGCAUUUUACAAGUUUUUAUUUUUUAUUUGCACUAUUACAGCUGCAUAUCUGACUGGACCAUAAGCCACACAGAACUGCAUAUUUGGAAAAGAAUGGAUAGAGUUGAAGGAAUCAGUGUAAUCUGAGAAACUAAUGUUAACUCAUUUUCUAUACUGGUGACUGUAGAACAGUGGAAACUUGCAUAGAACGUACUUUUGUAUACAAUUACACUGGUUUGCGAGUCAUUUAUAACAUAGAACAUUUAUGUAAUAUGCAUUACAUAGAUUCAUAGAUGGUACAGUGCAUAUGCACCCAUUUAGUAUUUUACAUCAUUCAUUAAAUAACAGGGUCAGUGAUAGUAGCUCAGGGAAAAUACUGGCUAUAUGCAAAUACAAAAACAUAAUUGUGAAUAAUUCAUAAUUCUGUGAUUUUUAAAUUGGAGUAUCAUCGCAAAGGAAAGAGCAAUUAAGUUAACGUGCUUGAAGUUUCAGAAAAAAAAUCCCUUCUGUGCAGUCAACUAUGACACUGUUUACAAAUUGAUUUUGAAGCAUCAGAUCUCAUAUUUCCUGACUUGAUUCUUCUCUUGCUGCUUAUGAUGUCUAAAGAGUUCAAACAUUUUCACCAUUUAACUAUACUUUCCAUAGUAACACUUUACAAUAAGGUCACAUGAAUUGGCGUUAACUAAUGUAGUUGUUAACAUGAAUUAAUGAGGCACGAAUACAUUAAUUAAGCAUGGGAUUUUGUUGGUAGUUAACAAAUACAUUAACUAAUGUAUUAUGUUGCAUGAUUAUUUAUACAUUAGCAAAACAAAGAUAAACGGAUAAUUAGUUAACCAUUAACAAAUACAUGAAGUUUUUUUUUUUUUGUUUUGUUUUAUCCCAGUAUGAAUUGGCAUUAACUAAUGUAGUUAUUGACAUGAAUUUAUGAUGUACAAAUACAUUAACAAAGCUGUGCGGAUUAACAUUUCCGUUAAUUAAUAGUUAACAACUAUAUUAGUUAACGUCAAUUCAUGUGACCUCAUUGUAAAGUGCUACCAUUUCCGCUUCCAUUUUUUUAAAUGUCUUUGAGUGAAUUAUUGCUACUAGGCAGUGCUGUCACAGGGUCAAAAAUUGAUAUGGCAGACAAGUAUUCAGCAUGCAUCUUAAACUCCUACAUGCCAAUAAUGUCAAUAAUUGCUUCAUAAAUGCUGAUUUCGAUUUUCUGAACACCUCCCUCAGUUGACAGUGUUUUCAUGCUUUGAAACAUUUUCCUUUGUGGGAAAGUCUGUAGAUAUUUUAAGAUAAAUGUUUUAUUGAUCUGUAGAAACGGUCACUCAGUCCAUAUUGAAGUUAACUCAAUAAGUUGAUAUUCAGGCCAUGGGAACAUGCCAAAAAAAUCAAGUUAUCGCAGGAUUUUUCAAGGUGCUAAUCCAGUGUACACUGUGUUCCUUUGUUUAAAUCUUUUCUAUGAAACUGUUAAUAUGUACUGAGAAAGUUAAAGGACAAGGGUAUUUUUCUAGCUGUUAUGUAUUUAUAACCACUUUUGUAUAUGGAACUGUAUAGCAGUGUAAUUGUAUUAUUCUUUAUGUCUCCUCAGUUCUUCUAUUUUAAAGAGAGAAUCCAAUACCAACAGUGUUAUUUUGGUAAUAAUUUGUGCAAUUGCCUGUUACAUUAGACCUCUAUGCUAUAUUUUAUGUAUGUACGCUGUCAGGAAGAAAUAAAAUUAUUUCCAUUUGCAAAUUUUAAUUC